CAGGAAGCAGUUAGCUAGCGGUUAGCGGCUGAACACAGAAGCAAGAGCAAUUACGUUACAUUUGCCCGUGAAAUGGCGUUUGUUUUUAUUUUGGGAACAGCUCAGUGAGGUACAUCUCCACUUAAGAAGAAAAUACAGUAAAUACAGUCUUGGAGAAUCCCAUCAAACUAGCUAACUCAUGUAAAAGCAAGUUGCCCCUGUUAACGUUAUUGAAGAGCUAGUAUGCUAACGUUAGCCAUUUUCUUUGUUAAUUGGCUGGCUAGCAAGCUGAAAUGUGUACCAGGCUACAUGUCAAUUUCCUCUUUUUUUGCAAGCCUGUGUGUCUAGCUAACUAUUGAUUUAACUAGUUACCUAGCUAACUAACGUUAACGACUAAUUAGCUAACUAACGAGCUGAUUGCUAGCGAUGCAGAGUGACCCUGUGUGCAGGUGAGGUGUACACAGUUACGUUACUACGCAACGCCGGGUAGUAAGUAAACUUACCUAGCUAACUUAACUCAUUCAAUAUAUUUGACUUUUUCAUUUAAUGCUGCAGAAACCUGACAACCAACUUAUUUUCUAGCAAAGAUGCUUGUAAUAAUAUAAAAGAGUGGUGUGUCUUGAUGCUGUGGUAAGUUAGCCAGUGCUAGUAAUUGAGCUACGCUGGUGAUGUUAGCUAACAUUAGCUAGCUAGUUCACUUGACUUGCUAAUUAGCUUAACGUUAGCUAAAGUGACGUUAUUCCCCUUUAUCGUACUUAGAUAAUGUCUCUCUGUACCAUUCUGACGUUAAUUUGUGGAACUUGAAUUGAAUGUUUUGAAUGCUGACCACAACAACAAUAUCUGCAGUACAUCGCUUUUCUGACCGGGGUCGAAUGAACAUCCCUGGUCUGUGGUGCAGGAGCAGCUGUUGAGUUGCCAACGCCACGUUCGCGAGUUCCCGGCCAAAUCCUCAUUAUCAUAGACGUCCUACUGUGGAACUAAUUGUCUCUAUUUUCUACUUGAGACGAGCCUGAGAGAAGAACAAGAACAUCCAACCCGUGUUCGCAUCCAGGCGGUUGCCAUGCACCUGUAAUCUGCUUCCUGUCAGCCAGGCCCAGCCACCCAGCCACCCAGGCCCAGCCACCCAGGCACCCAGGCCUAGCCACCCAGGCCCAGCCACAGCGCUCCGGUCCAGUGGGUCCCCAUGGAGCCCAGUAAUGACGUGGCGUUGGAUAUCAUAAUCACCAACGUGGUGGCCGUUUUCAGGACACGCUGCCACCUCAACCUGCGCACCAUCGCUCUGGAGGGGGUCAACGUAAUCUUUAAACCUGAAUAUGGGAAAGUCCUGAUGAAACUACGCAAACCCAGGGUCACCGCUUCCAUCUGGUCUUCAGGGAAAAUUAUCUGUACCGGCGCUACCAGCGAGGAUGAGGCUAAGCAGGGAGCCCGGAGGUUAGCCCGCACCCUACAGAAACUGGGCUUCAAGGUGAGGUUCUCAGAGUUCAAGGUGGUGAACGUCCUGGCUGUGUGCUCCAUGCCCUUCGCCAUCCGACUCAUCGACUUCACCAAGAACAACCGGCCCAUCGCUAGCUAUGAGCCAGAGCUCCACCCCGCUGCCACCUACAGGAUCAAAACCCUCAAGGCCACCGUCCAGGUCUUCUCUACUGGCAGCCUUACCAUCACAGGACCGAAUGUGCAGGCUGUAGCCACGGCUGUAGAGCACAUCUACCCCAUGCUGUUAGAGUGUCAGAAACCCCUCCGCAAAUAACAGACACGGAAAAACAAGAACGAAAUGGAGAGAGAAAGACAGAGGCUAAAAGCACCUUAUCCAUUGGAUGCAUUGUAUUAUCCUCAACUUAUCUGCCUGGCAACAGUCUGGGCCUUUGUCCUGAUUGGCUGGAUUUGACCAGGAAGUCAGAAAGGCAGCUUCCGUCCUCCUACUGUCCAAUGACCUGUUGUCUUGGUGACAGCUACGCCCUCUGAACUUUGACCCUGGAUGACCUCUACAGUAUGACCUCUAACCUUUCACCUUUAGCAGCCAGCCAGCCAAUGAUGGCUGCUCCAGUGACUGAUUCACACUAGUAGAAGGGGCGGGGCUCUCCAAGCCAACCAUGAUUUCUUAGUUUUCAGUUGUAUUAUUUUAGAUUUGAUGAUGUCACGGGCUGUGUUCCAAAUGACAGCCUAUUCCCUAUAUAGUGUACUACUUUGAAGGGCCCUGGUCUAAAGUAGUGCACUAUGUAGGGAAUAGGCUGCCAUUUGGAACACAAAGGGGGUUUUAAUGCAUGGGCAGGAAGACCAGUCUUCAACAUGACCUGUCCCACACAACACACCAAGGGGUUUUAACAGAACAUGACGUAACAGACAUUUCCAUAAGAAGCUUUUAAAGUCCCAUUUGACCGUGAUGUUGAACAGAGCAUUGGUUUUUUAGACCCUAUAUUCGUCUGCUCUCUAUUCAAAUCACUGGGAUUGCAAAAAUUCCUGUAACUUUCCACACAUUUCCAGGUUCUCCAAAAAUCUUGUUUUCGAGGAUUCCAGAUGAUCUGUUUCUUCCAUCCUUUUCUGGGAAAACGUCCAACCGGGAUUUCUUGAAAACCUGUGAAUUCUGGGAGAGUUGCCGGUGUUAUGCAACCCGACAUGUCCCCUUUAACUACAGAUCAGAUGUUUCCGUCCACCUUGGUAGUCUUUUACUUGAGAUGCGUCUUCUGGAAGACUCCGUCCGUGAGUUGUUCAGGCUGGGGCUUUGAAGACUUGACAGGCUGUUGUUAUUGAUGUGUGGAGAGAAACGCCUGCUGGAAUGGGAAAUGCAGGCUUGUCCUAUUCCUGUCCUGAUUGUUGUAUGGUUAAACUUUUUUUGUAUUUUAUAAAAAUAAAAAAAUAUAUAAAAAAGGAAAGUAACAAUAAAAUAGGGUAACCAGA